CGUAAAUGUUCCUGCCCGUUGGAGAUACCGAUCGUCUGUGAUUCAUCUGUAGCGAAGCUUCGGGACAAAUACGGAAUAAAAAAUAUCGCGACCAAAUAAUAGCUGAAAGGACGAAAAGCCGGUAUCACUCACUACACGCCGCCCUCCAGACCAACAAGACAUUACCCCUGUCUCUCUCUCUCUCUCUCUCUCUCUCUCUCUCUCUCUCUGUGAGUGACGCCACUCCCAUCCUCACAGUUGGGUUUUUUGCAACUUUUUCACAACCGAAUAAACGGUUACGCGGCACAUUUUAUUCUUUACUACCCCCCAUAACCUGCUAAAUAAAUAGCGUACAUUCUUAUCGUUUUUAUACUGUCUGCGUUUCUUCCAUACUAGCCUAUUUCAAGCACAAAACUAAAUAUCACUACUAUCGUUUUAGGAGGAAUACGCUUUUUUAAUGGGACAUUAAUAUAUCUAAAAUAUUGCAAACAUUACAAAUAAGCGGGAGAAACAGGUGUAACGUCACAAGGUCGGACGUUUCGGAUGCGCAUGCUCAGUGGAUCAUGUUCUCCACAUUCAACUGUGCGUCCUCCUCCGUAUCAUAGCAACGGGAUCGUCCAAUAGUAGGGGUAUACGAAGACUAAAAGAUGGAGAACUUUAUUUUGUAUGAAGAGAUUGGAAGAGGCAGUAGAUCAGUUGUUUAUAAGGGUAGGAGAAAAGGCAGCAUACAUUUCGUGGCCAUCAUCUGCAGUGAGAAGUCCAAGAGACCUGAAUUAACCAACCAUGUUAGACUUGCUCAUGAUAUCAAGCAUGAUAAUGUGGUGUCUUUCUAUGAAUGGUAUGAAACAAGCAACCAUUUGUGGCUGGUGGUGGAGAUGUGCACAGGUGGAUCUCUGGCAGUGCUCAUUUCUCAGGAUAAGUCCUUGCCUGAAGACGUUGUGCUAGAGUUUGCCCUUGACCUUAUAAAAGGUCUUAAAUACAUCCAUGACUCUGGCAUCGUUUUCUCUGAUCUAACACCUGCAAAGAUAUUGGUAGAUGGUCCGGGAACUCUGAAGUACUCUAAUUUCUGCCUGGCAAAAGCUCAAGGAGAGAGUUUGGAGGAGUUCUUCUUACUGCUGAUGACAGAAGACACAGGAGCUGGAGACAGCAAAGACAACUUCAUCCCUCUACAGAAAGACAUCAAGAGCAGAAUUAGAGGUUCUCCUGUGUAUUGUGCUCCUGAGGUGUUGAGAGGAGCAGACUCAAGUUUCAGCAGUGACCUGUGGGCCUUGGGCUGCAUCCUAUAUGAAAUGUUCACAGGAAAACCACCCUUUACCUCUGAAAGUAUGACUGGAUUAGUUGAUCUCAUUUUAAACGAAGAUCCUCCACCCCCAAAACAAGAAGAGCCCGCUUUCUCACAGCCCAGUCCAGAGUUUGAGAGCCUGAUCAUUGGUUUACUUCAGAAAGAUCCAGUGAAAAGGUUAAGCUGGGACUCUUUACUGGCUCAUCCGUUCUGGAGGGGAAAAUUUUCAGAGACACGGCCCUUUACAGGAAAUGAGCAAGAUGGCAUAUCUUUGAUUUCCAGCCUACGUUCACCCCUUGUGGCCUCUCAGACAGCGGAGGAAACACAGACAGCACCUGCUGACCCAAGCAGCCUAAACCUCAGCAAGUCCUUCACUUUAGAUAAUGUGAUUGAGUUUAAACCAAAGUCUGCGCUGGACACGGAUGCCAGAGAGGCUGUUUUCCUCCUCAGCUCCAGGCCAACUCCAAGAACAAGCCGAGCUGCUAGAGAGAUGGAGGACAGAGGGUCUGAAACUCAAGAGUCAUGUGUCCUCGAAGAGGAGCAGAGUGACCUGAACACCUGCAUUAAAGCUCUUUUAUACACAGACAGUGAUCUUACAGUGACCCCUAUCAUGGACAACCCAAAGAUUUUAAAGGCUGCUCCAGUUCGCUUCGACCCUAAAACACUUUGUGUACCCGCACACUCAGCUGAACGUUUGUCCUCUCUGAGCUCAGAGGAUUGGUGUCAGUUCCUGCAGCAGGUGUGUGCUGUUCUGGAGUCAGUGGACCGGGCUGGAUCAGCCAGCGCCACGGCAUCACGCACUAAACUUAAUCUGCUCUGCUACCUGUGCACCAUCUGUAACCACAGAGAGACAGCUACACGCCUCAUACACUCUCAGCUGUUUCCUGUGCUGGUUCAACAGAUGCGACAUGCUCCUAACUGGGAUAUAAAGAGCAAAGUGAUGAGGGUCAUUGGGUUGCUGGCCUCCCAUUGCACAGAACUGAGAGAAGACGUUCCUAUCACAGAGGCGGUGGCCAUGUUUACAGAGCUGAUACGAGAGAACUUCAGGAGCAGCAAACUGAAGCAGUGCUUGAUUCCACCACUAGGGGAGCUGCUCUAUGUCAUCGCCACACAGGAAGAAAAGAAAGAGCGCCCAGGAGGAUUGUGGGUCGUUCCUGCUGCCGCCUACACCGUGUUAAUGAGGUGCCUUCGGGAAGGGGAGGAGUUAGUGGUGAAUCACAUGGCCGCCAAAACCAUAGAGAACGUGUGCAGUCGAGAGUCUCAGUAUGGACAGGGAUUCAUCACUGCAGAGGUGGGGCCUGUGCUCUGGUAUCUCUUCACACACUCCACUGUGGAUGCGCUCAGGGUCAGCGCUAUAUCUGCUCUAUGUAAAAUAACUCGGCACUGUGCGGGGGCCUUUCAGAGCGUGAUCGACAAGGUGGGAUUACCCAGCAUCCUCAGCUGCCUGGUGUCAGGCAUCAGUCGUGUUCAACAGCACAUGCUCACUAUGUUCGCUGCCAUGUUGGCAUCUGGAGCACACUUUCACAGACUGGUACAGGACCGGGACUUUGUUAUGAAGAUAAUCCGUUCUCUGGAGAGUCCGUCUCCAGUCAUCCGAGCCAAGGCCUUCCUCGUUCUCCUGCAGGUCCUUAUGAACAACAGAGAGAUGCUUCUGCUCUGCUGUAACUCCAGGCUGGUGAUGUACAUUGAAAGAGACAUCCGAAAGGCCACGCCGGCGAAGGAGCAACAAACCGGCAAUGAAUACCUGUCGAAAUGCCUGACCCUCUUCAUUCGUCACACUGUGAACGAACUGCCAGCCAUCCUGGAUGACAUCCUGUCUGCGUUAGGGUGCAUUGUGGGAAGGAAGCAUCCAUCUCCGACACAGGCCCGUCAUCUGAAGCAGAGCCUCCCCAUGAUGGCUGUGGUGCUGCAUCUACUCACCUCACAGAUUUUCCGACCACAGGUGGUGACCGAGGCUUUUCUCUGCAAAUUCGGGAAACUGCUGAAUCACAUAACAUCCAUUGAUUCUAAUGAGACGAGUUUGGGAAGUGCUAUUGGGCAGACCGCAUCUGAAGAGUUGAUUAGAAACACACUUUCUGCAAUGGAGGCUGUUUCCCAGCAUCCUGUUCUACUGGGCCUGUAUCACUGCACAGUUGUGGAUUUAAUUGUACCGCCAUUGACAUCUCUAGCCUUCAGUAAGAACGUGGAGUGGCGUAUUGUGAGUCUGCGUGUGCUCUCUGAGAUCACGCUGCUACUACUGAGCCAAGAGGAUGUGGAGGGGCGAGAGAAGGAUGGAGGGAGAGAAAGAGAAAGCAUUUCCUCCAACACCCGACUGUUGACGCUCAUCUCUGAGGCCCUGCUGCCACAAUAUGAGACUCUGCUCCUGGAGCCGGAUCCUGUUCCUGUUUACGCCCUUAAACUGCUAGUAUCUCUCACUGAACACAGCUCACCGGUCAGCAGGCUUGUUAGAGAGAGCCGUCUCCUGUCCACCGUCUUUCAAGUCAUAGAGGACCACCAGAGUAACGUCCUUGGUGGCACAAUGCAAAACGCCGCCGCUCUCCUCUGCAAUCUGAUUGGACAGAAGGGCACAGACCUCCGACCGUUCUACCAGCAAGGUAUAAUUGAGCUGGUGUGUAAUGUCUUUGUGGAAGUCUCGGGCUUAUACCUGGAGAAAGAGCAGCACUCGGGGCUGAAGAGUUGCUCUGCUCUGCUCUUAUGUCUGCUGGACAUCAUCCACUGCCUGCUCAAACAUCUCUCAUCUGUAGUCCGACUGGCCCUGCAGAGAUCAGACAGUAAUGAAGACACUGAGGCUGCAGAAGAACUACUGCUCAUUCACAAGCCACUGACAGAACUAAACAACCUCCUCAUUCAACUGUUGGCGUGUGAUGACAGCGAGUUGUACGAGGAGGUCAGUUCUUGUGUGUCUAUGCUGGCUCAGCUCUAUGGAGGAGAAGGAGCCGAACGCAUGCAACCGGAGGAGCUGCUCAGCCUGGCACAUGCAUUACAGACACACACCGAACCCAGACAACAAAAACUGCUGCUCCGUGUGCUCAAACGCUUGAUGAGUGCAGUUGGCAGCUCCUGUUGGGGUUCCUCUGAAGGUCAGAACUUGGUUCACAUGCUGCAGAAACUGGCGCUGCCUACCAGGCACCAGUCUGACAUGACAGUGGAAUCACUCGCUGCAGAGAUUCUGAAAGCCAUUGGAUCCUAAACCUACAAAACAGUUUUUAUCCUGGUAUUUAAUUUAUAUUUGCACUUAUUUAUUAAGAAUAUACAGUGUUCUAAAUUGUAAGGCUGUUAAGCACUGAGACUACACACAAAAUCUUAUACUAGUGAUACUAGUUAAUUAAUUUGCUUUGGUGUUAAAUGGUGUUUGUUACUAGCUAUUGGUUAUUGUUGUAACUUUUGCCCAUGAACGGGGCAGCAAGUUUAUUUGCAUUUCAGAAAUUAAAAAUAAAUAAAAAUGCACACAAAAAUAAGAUAAAUUUAGGUCCAUUUUAUUGUUUAGCCAGGUCAAAACAAAGUCUUCAACCAAUAUUGCAGGCUACAAUAAUUAGGGGUUCUUUUCAAAACCUUUCUAAAGCUACCAUCAAAUAAAAGAAACAAAAGAUCAAGACAAGAGAAGAAAAAAAAGAAACAGAAAAUGGCCCCGACUGAUUGCAAACCCUUUGGAACAUGGUUUUAUUAAAGCAAGAGAGCUGAAUAUUUGGACUUCUCCAAUUCUUGGUUUUAUACAAAAGCUACACAAUCUUACAUUUGAUCAGAAUACAAUUCAACUGAUUAAUUAGUGUUCUACACCAUAAACUUGAUAAAAUCUCCAUGGAUCAUUAGCACUAUAACUCAACACUAUGAGACGGUGGAAAGGAAUACAAAGUUCUGCAAAAUAAAAGACGAGUAUCAUAAAGCAAGCUAGAUAAGUACCAUUACAGACGGAAAUAUCCUUUAAAAAUAAAAAAGUAAUAAAAAGUACAGGCAAGGCUAAGGUUGAAAAUUCCAUCUUAGGAUUUGCUUUUUGGGCUUUCUUCUGUCAAUCACACCAAUUUCCCACCGAGAGCAGAACAAAAGUUUUACUUCCACGUGUUCCCAUAGGAAACUCAGCUUGUAUUAGUGUGUCAGGCACUUUCAGAGAAACUAGUCCACUCUUCUCUUGAGCCCGCUCAGCAACUCUACAGGCCGAAAUCACAAUGCAGGUUCAUUCAGAUCAGACGAUACAGCU